AUGAAUUUAAUCGAAAGCAAAUACACUUAUUUAGCCCUUGACCAAGUUGACCAACAAACUCACUACUUAAUUGCCGAUAUUUUGAACCGCAAACUGCCCUUGGCUAAUUGUCGGGAUAAAAAAAUUUUUAAUCCGGAGGAUGAUGCGGAUUACCGCACUCUGGGGGCAGAAUACGAGAAUGAUUUCGGCAAUGACUUACCCAACCAAAAAGAAGCAAGUCAAGCCAUUGCCUAUGAAUAUUUAUUCUUAGUAGUCAAAGAUAAACCUAAAAAAAAGAAAAUUACUAAAUCAGUAAUUUCCAAAAAAACCAAAAAACCGACUAAUUUACCGGCAAUUAGAAAUGCCAAAGUCCAUUCCAAAAAAACUAAGCAAAAUCCAGUUGAAUACUAUAAUUGCCUUUUAACCCAAGCCCAAAAUAAUUGA